AUGGUGGUGGUAGUGGAGAAGGGAGGCAAGAGAGCGUUCAGAGGCAAGAGUGUGUUCCCGACAGUAGCAGAAAGAGGUGAGUUUGGGCCCAGUACCCAGUGCAGCUUCAGCGGAGGCUGCAUUGCCAAGAUCGGCCCAGCGCGAUAUCGUGGCGGCAACGUUGUUGGCAAAGGCAAGAUGGCACUGAAGAAUGGCAACACGGCAGAGGGACUUGAGGCUGGCCAACUGCUUCGGGCUAACAUUGGUCUCAGCCUCAGGGUGGGCGAGCCCAGAUCCAGCCAAUUUGCUGCUGAAAUUGUCAUCUCUCCAGCAUCCUCUACGUUCACCUACUCCAAUGGAGAGUUUAGUUUUGCUGGGUUUGUACCUGCCGGAGGGAAUAUGGACAUACCUACUCUGGGCCGACCCUUUCAGCUGGGAAUGCUGUAUGACUGCCGUUCCGACAUUCUAAUCCCAGCUGUUACCCUCUGGGACUUGGAGACUCUUCAACAGAAUGUUAGGGUAUGGUCGAAACAUGAAACUCAGUUUAAGAUCUACACAUUGGACUCGAUUCAGGAAAAGACAUCAGCCCUGAGUGUUGAUGGAUCGUUGAAAGCAAGUAUUUUCACUGAAUCGAUAACAUUGGAUGGAUCAGCCAAAUAUCUGACUGACACAAAGAGAUUGAGGCAACAGGCCCGAGUGACCCUUCAGUACCGAACAACAACCAGGUUUGAGCAGCUGACAAUGAGCCACUUGGGGCGACAGAAUAUAACCCACCCGACUGUGUUUGAUGAGGGGACAGCAACUCACGUAGUUACAGCAGUGCUGUACGGGGCUCAGGCUUUCUUUGUGUUUGAUCAAGAGGUCUCUUCAGGAGAGAAUCUACAGGACAUUCAGGGUCACCUGGAGGGAAUGAUUAAAGUGAUUCCCAGGAUUGCAAGUAAAGGGGAGAUCUCCCUUAAAAUGACAGAGGAACAACAGUCCAAAGCCCAAAAAUUCCAAUGCACUUUUUAUGGAGAUUUCCUCCUGGAAAACAACCCCACCACUUUCCAAGAUGCCUUCAGAAUCUACACAACCCUCCGAAAGUUACUGGGAGUGGAUGGAGACCAUGCAGUGCCCAUGAUAGUCUGGCUCUACCCACUCUACAAACUGGAAUCCAAAGCUGCUCAGCUGGUACGGGACAUAAGUAUUGGAUUGGUCAGUCAUUGCCAGUCUGUGCUGGAACAGCUCAAUGAGACGGUGAUGAGAUGUAAUGAUAUGAUGAGGGACAGUCCAUUUCCAGAGAUAGGGAGCAGGAUAACGGAAUUCCAAAACAUGUGCCUAGAAUAUAAACAGGUUUUCCAGAAGACUUUAUCCAGAGUGUUACCAUCUAUCCGUGGAGGUGGAGAGGAGGAAGAGUCACUGGCAAAUAUUCUGGAGAAGGAACAGUCACCAUUUAGAAGCCUAUCAUUGAUUGCAUGGUUAGAGUGCAUAGAAAUGGAAAUAGCAGUGGUGAGCUCUUACCUUGAUAUAUUGAAAGGCAUCAAAAUUGUUUCAUCAAAGAAUGAAUUGAAUAAAGAAGUACUGAACCCAAACCAUCGAUCUGUUGUCUGCUUCGUAUUCACAUUACUCCAAAGGGAAGACCCAUAUCUCUCUGCUCUUUCAGUGUACCUGAAGGAACUCAGUUCUUCAGACAUGGAAAACCCUCCGCAGACCCAGGACUUGAAGGAAGAGAGGAGAGAACAGUGGUUUAACAUCGCAUCAAUGUACAAUGCAGCAAAUGAAAGGGAAUGUGAUUUUGAAAGAAUGCAGUUGGGUGAGAUUAGGAAUCCAUUCCAGUCUCCAAAUUGGAAGGAAGGUGCUGAAGUUGGAGAAGAGGUUUACAGGAAAUUGGGAGAAUGGAUUCCAAAGCGUAAGAAGGCAGCAGCGACAUUGCUGCUGAUUGCAGACAAACUGGAUGAAAUUAAAUGCAAAUCCUCCACAGCUCGUGUGGUCGGCUCCUCAGUGGCUACUGUAGGCGGCCUGUCUGUAGUUGGAUCUGUCGUGGGCACUGUAAUGACACGGGGUCUUACCACAUCGCUCGUGGUGGCAGCUGCUGCUGGAACAAUGGCAGCAGUUAGUGGCUGA